ACCUCACAUUCACAUGAGAGAGAGAGAGAGAGAGACGUGAGGACAGAACUGAGCAGUGACUGAAUACUGAGCUGGCUCUGUUAGACCAGUUAGUGAUCAGUUAGUGACACUGCGGGCUGAAAUUGAGUUUUUAUGCGUGUGUUUGUACGCAUGUUUGUGUGGAACUGCACUUAAAUUGGGAUUUAAUGUUGGAUAUGACAUGGAUUGGACUUCAUGGAUUUCUUUGGUCAUGUUAAUAAACAUCCCAGGUUACAUAGCAGCUGAGGAGAUGGAACUAAACAUGACGUUAGACAUAUGGGAGGGAAACGUAACUGUGCUCUGGGAUCCCCCCAAAGGAGCCCCCGUAAAGGCCUAUUAUCAAGUACAGCAGGCAUCAUACUUCCAACCUAAAGAAUGGGAAAUUGUGCCAGAAUGUAACUUGACAACAGAAGCUAGAUGUGAACUUGGGAACUUUUUCAAUAAAAACAUGAAAAUAAAGAUUGGGCUGUUAAAAGAAAAUGGCAACUUUUCCUGGUCAGCAGGAAGACGAAUUCGUUUACUGGGCAGCAAAUUGUUGGCUCCAGAGUUUGACCUGUCUUCCUCCCCUAAUACAGUGAAGGUUAAGAUUUACAGAAAGCCGUUUCUCGAAAUGCUUUAUGAAUAUGGACCAAGUUAUUCUGUCAUUCUGUAUCCAAAAGGACAUGAGAAUCAGGCUUUAGUAAGAGAUGAUGAUGAUGAUGAUGGAGAGGUGGAGUUCACUUCAUUAUCAACAUGGCAGGAGUAUUGUGUCCGUGUGAAAGUGGAGAUGAUAUCUGAUAAUGUGAGCAACACCUCACUAGCACGCUGCAUAUAUCCAUCAGCAGAUUCGUCCCUGGUGAUUUCCAUAGCUGUUAUUGGUGUAGUUGGAGUCACGUCCUUCUUCAUGUUCGCAGUCUGUUUCUUCUUGAGGAGGCCUGGCAAAAUGCCUGCUGUUCUGAAAUCUGCUGUGAAUGGAUGGAACCCUAUGAACGUAGGACUGAUCCAAGUAGAAACCGUCACUGACAAGGGAUGGCUUUUGACUAGCAACAAAAUGGCAGGAAAGAGCAAAGCAUUUGACGAGAGCAAGGACCUUUUGGAGGAAGACAAUGAGAGAAGAGAGAGUACAGACAGCGGAGUGAGUGUCGGCCAGCAGCAUUCGAUUAAGAACCAAGGCACAGAGGAACAAACAGGACAGGAAGACAGUGGCUGUGGCAGUCUGACCGGCACCGAGGACAGUCUCAGCAGUGGAAGAAGAAGCCUGGAAGAGCUCCCUUUCCUAGACGGUGGAAUAAACAGCAGCAGUGAAAGUGAAAGAAAAGAAGACAGUGGCUUGGGAAUGGGAAACCAGGAAGCAUCCGACAAUCUCAGUGGAAUGGACGGUGACCUCCUGUCUGAGAUAGUAGUUGGGGAUGGAUAUCGCAGUCAGAGUCCUUCAGCUGAUACUGAAAGUGAAGCCACCCUCCCAUGUGAGGCAGUGGCUAGCAGUGGCUAUCGGUCUGGUCAUGUGACGUGCUUGUGCUCUGACGUUGAGACUUGCAUGUGGUGCAAAACCAGGAAGCUCCUAACAGACAGUGAUUCAUUGUCUCAUGAGCAAACCAGCUGUACUUUCACAACCAGUAAUGACAAUGACAAGCCAAGCUAUUUGAAAAAAUCUCCCUUACAGUCCGUUAAUGUAUUGGGACGGGAAGAUUUGUCCGAGGACUGUGACGAGUCAUCGCUUUUUAUCACCUGUCCACUACUUCUGCAAGAACCUUGCCAGCUUGACACAUUGUCUCUUAAAUUAGGAGACGUAGAACUGACAUUUACAUGAGAUAUGAGACUUUUUUUUGUGAUUGUGAAACCACUGAACAAAGCAUAUCUCCUCAUGCUGUUUGUCCAGCAGAUGCUUCUUUCUCAUUUAGAGCAACAGCAGAGAGAUGCUUAAAUGGCUGUGUCGCUGACACCGGCCCGACAGAAGUGGGACUGCCCCUCUGUGCCUUCCUGCAUGCACUGGGUCAUCAUUUUGCCAAAAUGCUGACCAGAGAGGAGAUAUCCAAGCGUCUACUUGAGUGAUCAAGAGUGAGAUACCAUCAGAAUAUUAUGACUAUGAUGCUGAGACACUGCUAAUUCUCAGUGUCUAAUCUCAUGUAUCUCACCCACCUUUGUUACUUGUGACUUGAUUAUGUUCUUCUAAGAACUGUUCACUGAAAAGUUCUUUUGAGAACCCAGAAUAGUUCUUCUAUGACAUCAAUGCUAAAACACCCUGUUGGAACCUUUAGAUUUAAGAGUGUAGGGUGAAGGACAUUUUUAAAUAUCUAAAGAUCUCCCCCCACCCACCCACUAUAAAGAAUAUUUUGUGAAAUGAAAAAAUUCUUUAUUAGCAUUGAUGGUUCCAAGAAGAGCCUUUAACAUCCAUGUAAUCUUUCUACUGCACAAAAGGUUGUUUAUAGUGAAAAAGGUUAUUUGUUCUUCUUAAAACGGUUAACUGAAAGGUUCUUUGGAGAACCCAAAAUGGUUCUUGUAUGACAUCACUGCUAAACAGCCUUUUGGAAUCUUCAGACUAAAGAUUGUACUAUGAAGAACAUUUUAAAUAUCUAAAGAACUUCUUUAUUGGCAUUGAUGGUUCCAAAAAGAACCUUUAACAUCAGUGGAAUCUUUCUACUGCACUAAAGGUUGUUUAUAGUGAAAAAAAGGUUCAUUGAAAAGUUCUUUGGAAAACCCAAAAUGGUUCUUCUAUGACAUCACUGCUAAUCUAAGAGUGUAGUAUGAAAAACAUUUUAAAUAUCUAAAGAACCUUUUUUUCCACUAUAAAGAAUCUUUUGCGGAAUGGAAAGGUUUUGUAGAUGCUAAAGGCUCAUCAAAGAACCAUCAAUGCCAGUAAAUAACCUAUACAUACAC